GGUCAGCGUUGGCAAUAGAUUGGUCAGGCCUGUGGAUGGCAGUCUCAGCCUGUCAGCGAUAGAUUGCGCAGGCCUGUGUAUGGCACUACAGUGGAGCGGGAUGGCGGCGCAGCCUCCUCCGAAACCGUGGGAGACCCGGCGGGUCCUGGGUGGCUUACCCACCACCUCCUAUCAGUCAGCUGACUUGAGAACUAGCACCCUCACCAGACCAGGACAUCCAGCUCUUAGCAGGGUGCCUCCACCUGUCCUACCUAGACCAUCUGAACAGACAAGGGCCAGUUCGCUCAGCACCUACCGACCUGGAUACAAUUCCCUUUCCACUGGUUUUGGCUCUUACAGCAAUUAUGGCACCUCACUUUAUGGAAGUUACAGUCCAUACAGCUAUGGUUACGGUAGUGGAAUGGGCUACAACAGAUUCCAGACAGAUGAUGUACCUCCCAGCAGGUUUGUGCGCCAAGCUGAAGAAAGUAGCCGCGGAGCGUUCCAGUCCAUCGAAAGUAUCGUUCACGCUUUUGCCUCAGUCAGCAUGAUGAUGGACGCCACCUUCUCUGCUGUUUAUAACAGCUUCAGGGCUGUUCUAGAUGUGGCAAACCACUUCUCCAGGCUGAAGAUCCACUUUACAAAGGUGUUUUCAGCUUUUGCACUUGUCAGGACAAUCCGGUUCCUUUUCCGGCGUUUGCAGAGACUUAUGGGUCUACGGAAGGGUUCAGAGAAUGAGGAUUUGUGGACUGAAAGUGCGGGGACCGUGGCUCAGCUUGGUACGGAGAAUGACGCCAGCAAUUCUUCCAAGUCAUGGCCGAUUUUCUUAUUCUUUGCUGUCAUUCUUGGUGGCCCCUACCUUAUUUGGAAACUCCUGUCCACCGGUAAUGCUGAAAGUAAUGAUGAAAACAUAAACUGGGCGAUUGGGGAAGAUGACCAUGUAGUGGGAAGGGCAGAAUAUGACUUCACUGCUGCCUCAGAAGAGGAGAUUUCCUUCCAUGCUGGCGAUUUGCUCAACCUGGCUCCCAAAGAGCAACAGCCUAAAAUAAGAGGGUGGCUGCUUGGAAGCUUGGAUGGACAAACAACAGGAUUUGUCCCAGCAAACUACAUCAAAAUCCUUGGCAAAAGAAAAGGCAGAAAAGCCGAGGAGAAGAGACAGGAACAGCAGCCGCUCCCCAGCAAGCCGCCACUGAGUGGGGCAGCAGCUGUCACCACAUUGGAAGAGCAAGAAGCUGCGCUAGAGUCUGUUUUUGUGGAAACCAGCAACCCGGCGUGUGAUAUUGAUGGAAACAUAAGCCACAGAGACACAUUCGAUCUAUAGACACAGAUCUGUUGGGAGAACAGCAAGGUUAUGUUGUAGUAUUGCACUGCAGUUUGUGAACAGAGCCAGAUAAUAUAUUUAAGGUGGUCAGUCUUCACUGGAUCACACUGCCACUUGUACAGAUGUGCUACAAGAUGCAUAGACAUAGAGAAAGGCACUAGAAUAACUGCUUAAUUAAAGGGAAUUCUAUCCAAUCAUUUGUUAAAAUAAUAUAUUUAUGGGGCUUUUUGGUCUCCCUGACCCAAAGCUGCACCAUCCUUUUUUAUUUUACUUCUCCCUUUCUUUUGUUGCAUGUUCGGAGACAUUGAGCAGAUUUAGUGACUCGCGCUCAUACUAACCCCAGCUCUGGGUCACAGAGUGUCGACUUUACCGUAGGCAGUUAAUUCCGGCUCUGUUAAUCCGUAGAGUUACAGAGGGGUAGAAAGCACCUAUGUUCUGCAGCCAUAAUUCUUUAUUUAUAUUUAUUACAUUUCCUUGAAAUAUUUGUGAACAUGGUUAGAAAGCCGCUUGUACUUUAGUGGCCCUUUAGUACAGGUGGCAAUAGCCAAAGGGGUAGAAUACUCUCCGCCACGGGAGCCAGAGAAGACUACAUUAUGCUUAAUUGUUGGAUGAUUAUUUUUUUACCUCUUGGAUUUGUUGGAUCCAUUCUUAAUCUUGUACACAUUAGUGUUAAAAAAUUAUUGUUGAAAUGAAAACCUUGUGCUCUGUCCUCAAUUCUGCUUGAGCAAAUUAGUGUUUGCAAAGCGUCCUGGCAGCGUAUUGUAUUAUAUAUGUAACUAGUAAAGGGAUUCUCUGUCUAGUGGGUCCUCCUCUUCACCCAGGGUCUGUCCCAUCUCCCACUGUUAGAGACGGGAUAGACCUUACAGAAUUAUUAUAUAGAUGAGCGCACUGAUAGGACUCCAUUAUAUUGUUCCAAACAUUAAUUCUGGUGGCAUGUACAUGGCUCAUUACAUUUUCUGUACCAUCAGAAAUGAGGCAUAUUUUCUAGGCUUUAAGAAUGCUUGUUACUCAUCUGAUUUUAUGGGGUCAUACAAGGCAAACAAGUUCAUUUCUAAAUCACAGAUUCCUAUAGCAGCAUUGGCUGUACUCCAUAUUGCUGCUUAUUUCUAGUUACUACAUAAUCAUGUAACGGGUUCCAAUGUAUAGGUCUACAGUCAAUAGGUAAAAGGUAGACAGUGCUUAAGGUCAACACAAAUGUUUGUUUUUUUUGCAUGAUUUACUAUCCACGUGGACUAUGAUUAGGAAUUGUUACCAUGCCCGAAGCAUGGCGAGCAAAGAGAGCCCACGAGGGUUCAUGUUUCCACUGAUUGUGCUUAGAAAUGGUUAAACGUACAAAACGAUACUAAAAAAAAAUUGUCUACUUUUACCCAGUGUCCACCUUUUGUCUGGCAGCCUUACCCAGUGUCCACCUUUUGUCUGGCAGCCUUACCCAGUGUCUACCUUUUGUCUGGCAGCCUUACCCAGUGUCUACCUUUUGUCUGGCAGCCUUACCCAGUGUCUACCUUUUGUCUGGAAACCUUUUGACCCUGUUGACCCAGUGACUGUCUAUCUAGACCGGGGUGGGGAACCUUUUUUCUACUAAGGGCCAUUUGGAUAUUUAUAACAUCCUUCGGGUGCCACACAAAAAUUAUCAACUUAAAAAUUAGCCUGCCCCCAUUAGAUAUGACCCCUAGUAGCGCCGCUUACACACACACACACACACACACACACACACACACACACACACACACACACACACACACACACAGAAAGAGAGAAAAAACACAAUACUCACCAGCCACGCUCCUGCUUCCAGACCCUUGCCCUCUUCCUGGCUGCCUGCUCCUCAGAACUAUGGGAGAGACGUCAUGACAUCUCUCCCAUAGCACCGCACAGGCACACACGCACACUGCCAGAGCCAGAAGCCGGAGCUCAGGAGUGAGCCUGGGAGGGCCGGAUCAAGUGGCUUUGCGGGCCUUAUACGGCCCGCGGGCCUGAGGUUCCCCACCCCUGAUCUAGACAGUGCAGAUCUUCUAUACCACAGCCUGCUGGAAGGGGCAAUGAUACUGCUACUCUGCACAGUCGCUCUUUCUUCCCCUCCAUAGCAGCGCCUCCACCUGAGUCUUAAUUACAGCUUGUAGCGGGAAGACUGAUGCUGUCCACCAAGGAUCCACUCAGGACACCCAACUAAAUAAACUUUUAUUUACAUAUAAACAAAAACAACGCAAUCUAGUACUGCAUUAGCAAGAAGCAACAGUGCACUAGGAAAUAUGUAACACUGAGAAUUAGACACCACACAUACUGCUAUAUAAAUGUUUAUGCACUUGCAGGGAUGUUUGCCUGGACAUUUGAGAACUUGGAAGUGAUUAUUAAAAUGAAAUCCAAAUGUAUUUAACUUGACUCCUUGAGAAAUGUAAUGUCUAUGUGACAGAGAUGGAUUUGAUAACACAACUAUGCUCCCCUAGCGCCCCUCUUCCCCGGGAGGUGAGGGAAGUUUUGCAGUUGCACAGAAUUCACUUUGUGGAGGACACUUAGAUGUACACUAGAGUCUCACAAUGAUGUGCACUCUCACUAUUCAUAUAGGUAUUAUGAAACAGCAGACUGAUAUGAUAAUUCCCUGUCUCUCUAUAUGAUAUCAGAACCUCCUUGUGCCCUUCUGUGUUUUACAUGAACACUGUUCCAUUGGUACACCCUGUAGUUAAUACCAGGCUCCACUAGACACUUACCAGGCGUGACCUUUCCACAUCGGAAAUCACUCCUUAUUCCUUAACUCCCAUCUCAGUAGUUGGCAGUGGUUAUUCUAGCACCCUGCACCUGUCACAAACCAUGCAGUUUCUCUUUCCUGCCUGGGGUGUCACUGUCUUAGUUACAGACCAGAGUGUGCUAGAAGCACCAGAGUAGAGAGCAGUGCCCCAGGCAGAAAAGAGGAACUGCACGGGUUGUGACAAGUGCAGUGUGCUAGAAUGAACACUACUGUUCUCUGUCUUGCAGCUCUCAGACCCUCUAGUCUAAGUAUUAACACUGUGGUAUCAAUCUCUUUUCCCACAGUGCCAUGCAGAGCUGUAAUGGAGUCUGCCCUCCUUAACUGCCAGCUGCGGUUCUAGUCAAUCCUAGCCUGGCACUGCUAUGGUACACAGGCUGGUGACUGCAGCUCUGGGUGUACUACCAGGCUCACAAUUCCAGGCGCUGAUGUCUGGGUUACAUUUAGAAAUGUAUUAAUGCACAGACAGCUUAAUUCCAUAGAAAGUUUAGCAGAAUUAAUUUUAGCAGAUAUAGCAACAUUAUAGUGACCAACUUCAUCUAGUGAGGAGUGGGCUUUGGGGGAGAUUUAGCCAGCUUGUGGAGAGAGGGAAAGUACUAACUAAUCAGCUUCUGUCAUUUUACUGCUGUUUGGAAAAUGGCAGUAGCUGAUUGGUUGGUACUUUACCUCUCUCCAAGCUUUGAUAAAUCUCCCCCUUUGAAUGAAUUAGUACACUAUAGAGAGAUGUAAUUAGGUGUUUUCAGUCAUUGCCUUUUUGAGGGAAAAUAGCUUCCAUCACCUGAAGUGAGUGUGUGCGCUGGAGUAAUAACAGCUAGUGCUGAAACUACCAGUAGGUUGGGAAAUGUGAUUAUUUUGGUUAGAUGUGACGUAAAUUUUCAUGCACCACCAUAUACACACUAAACAUAGAGGAGAGAGGUGAAAUAGGGUAUAACUGUUCUAAAAUAUUACAAUUCGCUAUCUAUACUGUGGUCUGUUCUAUUAUUAUACUGUAUCUGUUUGCACCAAAUUUUCUCUUAAUAAAAAUACUUUAUGUAAAAAAAACUAUACUAAAAUACCCACAACAUGCAUUAAAGCUCCAAAUAGUGAAAACAGACGCCCUUCUCCAACAUCAUACAGCGUGUUUAAUCAUGGAAAACCAAAUUCAUACCCCACUAAUAACCAUUUGUUUGGUUGGGCUGUGUAGUGGGUUGUUUUGUUACAAAGGAUAGGUUUCUUUCCCCAAAAUAAUUUAAAUUCUUCAUUAUGUUUGUAGCUGAUUAAAUAAAUUUACAUCUUUUUACUAA